AUGUACCCAGACUUUUCCAAGAACGCGGAGGAGAAGCCGGAGCCUACCAAGGCAGAAGUAAAAGGGAACAUCCCCGAUUGGUUGCAAGGCACCCUGCUGCGUAAUGGCCCCGGCAUCUUUUCUGUGGGGGACACCAGCUACGACCACUGGUUUGAUGGGAUGGCCAUCAUGAACAGCUUCACUAUUAAAAAUGGUGAAGUUACCCACAGAAGCAGAUUCCUCAGAGGGGACACCUACAAAGCGAACAUGGCUGAAAACAGGAUAGUUGUGUCUGAAAUGGGGACAAUGGCCUAUCCGGACCCCCGCAAGAACUUCAUCUUCAAGGCAAUCACUUUCCUCAACCACACGGUGCCCGACUUCACCGACAACGGUGCGAGCAAUUUCAUCAAAUACGGAAACGACUACUAUGCCACCUCUGAAACAAACUACAUUCUCAAGAUUGAUCCUGUGACCCUGGAGACUCAGGAAAAGGUGGACUACAUGAAGUACCUGCCUGUAAACCUGGCUUGCUCCCAUCCGCACUACGACAAGGAGGGCAACGCCUACAACAUUGGAACUUCAAUAGCAGAGAAGGGCAAGACGAAAUACACUCUGUUCAAAGUCCCUGCCGCUUCAGAGAAAGACAAAGACAAGAAUGCCCCUGCGCUGAAGAACGUGGAGGUGGUCUGCACAGUGCCCUGCCGCUCCCUGCUCACACCGAGCUACUACCACAGCUUCGGCAUGACGGACAAUUACUUCGUCUUCAUCGAGCAGCCAUUCAAACUGGACAUCCUCAAGAUGGCCACGGCAUACAUGAGGGGAGUCAGCUGGGCAAGCUGUCUGAAGUUCUGCCCUGAGGAAAAUACUCUGAUCCACCUGAUAGACAGAAAGACCGGCAAAGUGGUUGAGACGAAGUACUCCACUGGAGCAAUGGUUGUCUACCAUCACGUGAACGCUUUCGAGGAAGACGGCCAUGUGGUCUUCGAUGUCAUUGCCUAUGAUGACACCAGCCUUUAUGAAAUGUUCUACCUGAGCAAGCUGAAGGAAAAUGCUGGCCAUGACGAGAGUUAUUCCAAACCAAGCUACAGGAGAUUUGUACUUCCCAUCCAUUCAAACAAGGCCAUUGCAGUUGGAGAGAACCUGGUACGACUCAAAAACACAACAGCUACCGCUGUGAAGGAGAAAGAGGGCAAACUGAUUUGCCAGCCAGAGGUGUUCUGUGAAGGUUUGGAAUUACCCAGAAUCAACUAUGACAUCAACGGACAGAAACAACGUUUUGUCUACGGCAACUGUGUGGAGGUAUCUGCACUGGCAAAAGAGAUUUCCAAGUUUGACACAGAAACCAAGAAAAUGGUUUAUUGGAGUGAAGACAACUGCUGGCCAUCAGAGCCCAUUUUCAUCCCCAGACCAGCUGGAGAGGCAGAGGAUGAUGGUGUCGUCUUAGCAACUGUUAUCAACUCUAACCCAGGCCAGUCUGAUUUCAUCCUGAUUCUGGACGGCAGCACAUUCAAGGAAGUCGCUCGUGCAAACUUGAACACGGCGCUCCACAAGGACAUGCAUGGAUUCUUUAUCCCGCAAGCAAAUUAGUCAUUAGGAUAUGUAAAAAAGAGAAAUAAGAAAUGACUUUAGAGAACUUUUCCACCAAACCAAAACUGCUUACAAAUAGGAUUGCACAGGGAAGGAAUGUAUCUGAAUAUUGAAUA